GCCGGUGCUGGCCCCGCCCUCGCGGUGCCCGGAACCCGUUGGCCCGGCGGAGGUUUCUUCCCGGAGCACCGCCAGCACCGGGACCGGAGGCGGAAGCGUGGGUGGCGGGUAGGAGCGGUGCGGCGGGGCGGGCGGGAAGCGGGUCGGGCCCUAUGGCCUCCUCCAACAGCAUCGAUAUCGAGGACGCCACGCAGCACCUGCGGGACAUCCUCAAGCUGGACCGGCCGGGAGGUUCGGUGAACGAGAACCAGAGACCGUCAAGUUCCUAUAAUGGAGACCUGAAUGGGCUGCUGGUGCCUGAUCCCAUCGUGGCUGGAGAUGGACCUUCACUGGCCAAGCCGGUGCACCGCAGCAUUUCUCUGGGGGCUGUGCAGGAGAAGCAAGUCAUCUGCCUUUCUGGUGAUGACAGCUCCACCUGCAUAGUUAUAUCAGCGAAAGAUGUGGAAAUUGUGGCCAGCAGUGAUUCCAGCAUCACCAGUAAGGCCAGAGGGAGUAACAAGGUGAAAAUACAGCCUGUUGCUAGAUAUGACUGGGAGCAGAAAUACUAUUAUGGCAAUCUGAUAGCUGUUUCAAACUCUUACCUGGCUUAUGCCAUUAGAGCUGCCAGCAAUGGCUCCGCCAUGGUGCGAGUGUUGAGCGUCAGCACCGCGGAGCGGACCUUGCUGAAGGGAUUCACGGGUGGUGUGGCAGACCUGGCUUUUGCUCACCUCAACUCCAACCAGCUGGCGUGCCUGGAUGAGGCUGGCAACCUCUUCGUCUGGCGCCUGGCCAUGGAGAAAGACAAAAUCCAAGAGGAGAUCUUGGUGAACAUCAAACGACCCGACAGUACCCCUCUGAACACCUCGCGAAGAAUCAUCUGGUGUCCUUUCAUCCCAGAUGAUAAUGAGGACAAUAGCGAAGAAGGAAGUCAAACCUUGGCGUUGCUGCACGAGGACAGGGCAGAGGUAUGGGAUUUGGACAUUAUCCGAUCAAACAACAGAUCCUGGCCUGUGGAAGUGCCUAACAUCAAAGAAGGCUUCAUUGUGGUGAAAGGCCACAGCACGUACCUGAGUGAGGGAGCACUUUCUCCGGAUGGAACUGUACUGGCCACAGCAAGUCAUGAUGGUUUUGUCAAAUUCUGGCAGAUCUAUAUUGAGGGGCAAGAUGAGCCAAGAUGUCUUCACGAGUGGAAACCACAUGAUGGUAGGCCUCUUUCCUGCCUGCUCUUCUGCGACAACCACAAAAAACAAGACCCAGAGGUUCCCUUCUGGAGAUUUCUCAUCACAGGAGCUGAACAGAACAGAGAACUGAAGAUGUGGUGCACUGUGUCUUGGACCUGUCUGCAGACUGUCCGAUUUUCUCCUGACAUCUUCAGCUCCAUGAGUAUUCUUCCCAGCCUGAAAGUCUGCUUGGACCUCUCUGCUGAAUAUCUGAUAUUGAGCGACGUGCAGAGGAAAGUCUUGUACGUGAUGGAGCUGAUGCAGAACCAAGAGGAAGGCAAAGCUUAUUUCAGUUCCAUCUCAGAGUUUCUCCUAACCCAUCCUGUCCUAAGCUUUGGCAUCCAGGCAGUGAGCCGCUGCCGGCUGAGACACACUGAAGUGCUUCCAGCAGAAGAGGAAAAUGACAACUUGAGUAUAGAGGGUGCUCAGGGAGCAGGGGCUGUUGAGUCAGCAGCUGGCGUGCUGAUAAAACUCUUCUGUGUGCACACCAAAGCCCUCCAGGAUGUACAGAUUAGAUUCCAGCCUCUCCAUAGUCCCGACAUGGGUGCAUCUGUGCCUUCUCAUGGCUCUCAUGAAGAAUUUGCCUUUCCAGAUCACAUAGCUGAUCUAGGCGCAGAAGGGCUGGGAUCUGAGAAAGGAUCUGUGCAUGGCUCUCAACCUGACUUGCGACGUAUCGCGGAUCUGCCUGUACCAGCAGACUUUCUUUCGCUCUCAAAUGAUGCCAAACCUAAGCUGAUGACUCCAGAUGCAUUCAUGACACCGAGUACAUCUCUCCAACAGAUCACCGUAUCUCCAGGCAGCAGUGCCAGUUCGCUGACUGCAGUCACAGCCAUAAGCAGCACUUCUGUCACAGAUGCCUCUAUGUCCAGGCCAUCAGAAGACUUGACUGUGAGCCCCAAGAUGCAGCUGGACACCAGCCUCACGCUGAGUAGCAGUAGCAGCAGCCUCCAGACUAGUCCUAGGAGCCAUUCAGUUCUUAUCCCAGGCCUUCCUGACAAGCUGACACCAAAGGCACCUGUUCCAGUCACACCGGGAAACUCCUCUCUAGCUCUGGAACGGCAGGAAGUGGAGCCCUUGGUGGUGCCUCAGGCUUCUCCCACCCGUGAGCGUUCGCCGGACGUCAUUUCCUCUGCUUCCACAGCCAUGUCCCAGGACAUCCCCGAGAUUGCUUCCGAGACCUUGCAACGCAGCUUUGCAGCUGCUCCAUCUGGGCUCUCUACGGAGGUGCUGGAGCCCAGUCACCAUGCAGACAGCAUGGCGUCCGCCGCCUCAGCCUUGCAUUUGCUGUCUCCGAGGAACCGGCACAAUUCAGAGCACAGCCACCACUCUUUGGACAUGCCUCCGGUGGAGGUGGACAGACUGAAUGCUCCGUCAUUACUGGAGACUGCUUUAACUCAGGAAAAUGUGUCUUCGGACAGUGUUGUGAGUCAGCCGUGGCCAGCAGCUCCUGACAUAACCAGAGAAACCAGGAACAGCAUGGCAGACAGCCCAAGGGAUGAGGUUGAAGAAAAGCACAAGAGCUCUUCCUAUCAUCGACACAGCUACCACCUGCUGCAGCAUGACAGCCAGGAUGCUAGUGCAGAACAAAGUGACCAUGAUGAUGAAGUUGCGAGUUUGGCUUCUACAUCAGGUGGAUUUGGUGCCAAAGCAUCUACGCAGAGGCUGCCUGUGAAGGACUGGAAAGCCAAGGCAUCCCCACGGGCUUCCCCAAAGCUAAAGCGGAAGGGCAAGAAAGAUGACGGGGAUGUGAACCAGUCACCAAGAUCAUCUAACAACCAGGUGACACCGGAGUUCCAGGAGGAGCUGAUGUGUGUAUUGAGGAGCCAACAGCGCGAGCUCUCUGAGCUGCGUCAGAACCAGAUGGAGCUGCUGCAGAGGCUCACAGAUCACCUCGAUGCCAUUCAGAGCUCGCUGAUGGGCCACAUGGAGAGGGUGAUCGACUCCCAGCAGGAGCAGGAGCAGAGGAGACUGGAUCGAGCGCUGACGGAAGGACAGCAGCGCAACGGGCAGCUCCAGGAGCAUCUCUCUCAGCAGCUCUCUCAGACCCUUUCCACUGCUGUGUGCAACCGUCUGGAGAGGACCGUUCGUGAGGAGAUGAAGAAGACAGUGCCCCAGUGCAUUUCCAAGAGCCUGGACCCGGUUGCUGGCCAGCUGAGUAACACUAUUGCCACCAAGCUCACUGCUGUUGAGGGGACGCUGAAAGAGAACAUUACCAAGCUAGUGAAAUCAAAGAACCUUACAGACAGCGUUGUGAGGGCGACGGCCGAUACCCUGCAGGGGCCAAUCCAGUCGGCCUACAGGGAAGCCUUCCAGAGCGUCGUGCUGCCAGCCUUUGAGAAGAGCUGCCAGUCCAUGUUCCAGCAAAUCAAUGACACCUUCAAGCAGGGCACGCAGGAAUACAUUCAGCAGCUCGAGACUCACAUGAAGAACAAGAAGGCGAGAGAACAGGAGGCCCGGGACCCGCUGCUGAAUCAGCUUCGACAGCUCAUCAGCACCUUCCAGAGCACCACCGAGCAGCUGGCUUCCACCAUCGCAGCCAAUAUCCAUGCUGAGGUGCAGCACCAGCUGCACAUUAUUGUGGGCAACCUGCAGGAGUCUAUUUUGACCCAGGUGCAGAGAGUCAUUAAAGGAGAAGUGAGCCUGGCAAUGAAGGAGCAGCAAGCAGCUGUCACCUCCAGCAUUGUCCAGGCAAUGCGUUCGGCUGCAGGGACUCCCAUCCCCUCCACUCACCUGGACUUCCAGUCUCAGCAAACUCACAUCCUUCAGCUGCUCCAGCAGGGCCACCUCAACCAAGCUUUCCAGCAGGCUCUAACAGCAGCUGAUCUCAACCUGGUCCUGUAUGUCUGUGAGACUGUGGACACGCAGCAAGUGUUUGGCCAGCAGCCGUGCCCGCUGUCCCAGCCCGUGCUGCUCUCGCUCAUUCAGCAGCUCUCCUCGGAUUUGGGUACUCGUACAGAACUGAAGCUGAAUUACCUGGAGGAGGCGGUGAUGCACCUGGACCACAGCGAUCCCAUCACCCGGGACCACAUGGGCUCGGUCAUGAGCCAGGUGCGACAGAAGCUCUUCCAGUUCCUGCAGGUGGAACCCCACAACACGCUGAGCAAGCCCGCGCGCCGCCUGAUGAUCAUGCUGCAGGGCCUGGUCACUCCCAGCAUGACCUAAAGGAUGGGGGGGGUGCUGCUGGGUGUUCUGGGGAACCCCCUCCCCCAGCUCCGGUAGUUACUAACCACCUAGGGCUUGCGUUAAAGAGCUCCUGCCAGGAAA